UAAUCACACACACACACACACACACACACUCUUCCAAAGUCUCAGGAUUGCGUAAUACCACAGCCUGCUUUAGGCCUCCACUUACUUUUUUUUUUUUUCUAAAUUAAUUAAUCAAACAAUCAAGAAAGAACAAUUAGUCACAAUCAAGAUUCUUCAGAAUACAAUUUUCAUCGCAAGGAAAAUGGGAUUCCUUUUCUCAAUCAGUCUCAUCGAUCCAUCACCUUCAUAAAAUUUCUUACAUUCACUUGUUGUAUUGUACCCUAUUUCUUUUUUUUUUCUUCUCCCUUUUUCCUGUUCCCCCUCCUUCGAGCAAUGUUAUUACACACCCUCUAUUAAAGAGGAAUCUGUAAAUAAAGAUUCUUUAAAAGAUUCGAUUUUUCUCCUGUUGUUUGGCAACAAAGGGUUGGAGGGGGGAAUAUAAAAAAUGGGGAAUGCAAGCGGAAGGGAAGAGGGUGGCAGCGACAGCCAAUCCGGCGCUGAUGAUUCCGACACCGCGCAGGUUAGCAUGGCCGAUCAGGAAGGUGCGCACGUUAGCUACACCGAGUUUAUGGGGCAAUCCCCCCCUCCAAGCCCUAGGGCUUCUCAAUCUCCCUUGAUGUUCAGGCCUCAGAUGCCAGCUGUCCCUUUACAAAGACCAGAUGAAUUGAACAUCCCUAGCCCUUCAUGGAUGCAAACUAGCUCGGCUAAUGAAGAAACAUACAAUGACGAGCAAGGUAUUCCAACUAUGAUCACAUGGAGUUAUGGUGGCAAGGAAGUUUCCGUGGAGGGUUCGUGGGAUGAUUGGAAAUCAAGGACGCCGUUGCAAAGAGCAGGGAAAGACUUCACCUUGAUGAACGUUCUUCCUUCGGGAGUUUAUCAGUACAGGUUUCUCGUGGAUGGAGAAUGGAGGUACUCGCCCGAUCAGCCUUGGGAGCAAGACGAUUCCGGAAAUGCUUACAACAUUCUUGAUUUGCAGGAUUAUGUUCCGGAAGAUACCGACAGCAUAUCUGGUUUCGAGCCACCACAGUCGCCAGAUUCGAGCUACAACAAUUAUCAGCUAGGUCAAGAGGACUUUGCAAAGGAGCCGCCUUUGGUUCCACAGCAUCUUAACGUGACUUUGCUCAACGCCCCGUCACCUCAGAUGGAGUUUCAGCCACCUUACUCGAGGCCUCAGCAUGUGGUGCUUAAUCAUCUCUACAUGCAUAGAGAUAGGAACCGUCCUGCCUUUGUGGCGCUCGGUUCAACCAAUCGGUUCCUCUCGAAAUACGUGACCGUGGUGCUUUACAAGUCCAUACAGAGGUAAACAAAAAAUAGAAAAAAAAAAGAAGAAAACUGCACAUGGGAGUUAGUUUUUGAGUUGUUGAUGUAAUUGAUAGGAACAAAAGUUUUUUACAUGUCGGGUUGAAUUUGCUUACGAUGUUGGAUUUUUAAUCUGGAAAUAGCCGGUCAUAGAAAUAAUAAUCUGUUUUUUGAUGUACAAUUUUGCUUCUUGCUGUGUU